UACAGACAGAGAAGUCCUGAGAAUCCAGACAUCUGCUCUUCACAUGAAUGCACUCACCUCCUAGAGGACAGCCCGCCAUCAUGCUCUGGAAACUGGUGGAAAAUGUGAAAUACGAAGACAUCUACGAGGACCGGCACGAUGGAGUCCCCAGCCACAGUUCCCGGCUCUCCCAGCUGGGCUCGGUCUCUCAAGGCCCUUACUCCAGCGCCCCUCCGCUCUCUCACACCCCUUCCUCGGACUUCCAGCCGCCCUACUUCCCGCCGCCCUACCAGCCUCUUCCUUACCACCAGAGCCAGGACCCUUACUCCCACGUCAAUGACCCCUACGCCCUGAACCCGCUGCACCAGCCCCAGCAGCAUCCCUGGGGGCAGCGACAGCGGCAAGAGGUGGGCUCCGACGCCGGCUCCCUGCUGCCCCAGCCGCGGGCUUCUUUGCCGCAGCUCUCGGGCCUCGACCCGCGACGGGACUACCACUCCGUCCGGCGGCCAGACGUCCUUCUCCAUUCGGCUCACCAUGGCCUGGACUCCGGCAUGGGCGACGCGCUUUCCCUCCACGGCAUCGGGCACCCCGGCAUGGAGGAUGUGCAGGCAGUAGAAGAUGCUAAUAACAGCGGCAUGAACUUGCUGGACCAGUCGGUCAUCAAAAAAGGUAUGGUGAAACUGAACAAAAUUCCUCCAAAAUCUGUUACUUCUCUGAUGAUGAACAAAGAUGGCUUCCUUGGUGGUGUGUCUGUAAACACAGGUGAAGUGUUUUGUUCGGUACCUGGGAGGCUCUCCUUGCUCAGUUCCACGUCCAAGUACAAAGUCACUGUUGGAGAAGUUCAACGGCGCCUUUCACCUCCUGAGUGCUUAAACGCUUCCCUCCUUGGAGGAGUCCUUAGAAGAGCCAAAUCGAAAAAUGGGGGCCGAUCGUUGCGAGAGCGGCUAGAAAAAAUCGGUUUGAAUUUACCAGCCGGCAGGCGCAAAGCGGCAAAUGUCACUUUACUCACCUCCCUGGUGGAAGGAGAAGCUGUACAUUUAGCUCGGGAUUUUGGAUACAUCUGUGAAACUGAAUUCCCGGCCAAAGCAGUUUCUGAAUACCUGAACAGACAGCACACAGACCCUACUGAUCUCCACUCCCGAAAGAAUAUGCUGCUUGCCACUAAGCAAGUGUGUAAAGAAUUUACCGAUCUUUUGGCCCAAGACCGGACACCCAUUGGCAAUAGCCGCCCAACGCCCAUCUUGGAGCCAGGGAUCCAGAGCUGCUUGACUCACUUCAGUCUCAUCACUCAUGGCUUUGGGUCCCCAGCCAUCUGUGCUGCUCUGACUGCUCUCCAGAAUUAUCUGACGGAAGCUCUCAAAGGCAUGGACAAGAUGUUCUUGAACAACAACUCUGCUAACAGGCACACUUCUGGGGAAGGACCAGGUAGUAAAACUGGAGACAAGGAAGAAAAGCACAGAAAAUGA